AUGAGGGGCUUUGAACCCUCCAGCAGCCUCCUGCUCCUACCUCUGCUUCUGACCGUGAGUGGUCUCGGUCCUGUCCAGGCUCAGAGCGAAUGCAACUGCUCCACGGUGAGCCCCGGGGUCUUGGCGGGGAUCGUGCUGGGGGACCUGGUGCUAACCCUGCUCAUUGCCCUGGCUGUCUACUUUCUGGGCCGGCUGGUCUCUCAGGGUCGUGGAGCUGUGGAAGUGACCCGGAAACAACACAUCACUGAGACUGAGUCGACUUAUCAGGAGCUCCAAGGUCAGAGGUCAGAUGUCUACAGCGACCUCAACACACAGAGGCAGUAUUACAAAUGAGCCAAAACCACGACAGUCAACAGCCAGAUGCCUGGAUCCAGUCAUUCCUGAUGCCCACCCAGCACCUCAUUCCUCCUCCUACCAAGACACAGAUCCACACA